AUGGACGUUGUAGAAUUCCAGAAAAGUACCCACCGUACAAGGAAAACAAUCGUCUCUAUCACUCCUACCGCAAAGGCACCUACAUGUUACCCCUGUGAUGACGAGGAACAAGACCGUCUUGACAUUUUCCACAAGUUGUUCACCGUCGCUCGUGUGUCAGACGGUCUCAUGUACGCACCUCGUCCGAGAGGAUCGCGUAUCCUUGAUCUGGGUUGCGGAACGGGGAUAUGGAGUAUCGAGGUGGCCAACAAAUACCCGGAUUCUUUCGUAGUGGGUGUCGAUCUAGCACCGAUUCAGCCGCAAAAUUAUCCUUCCAAUUGCGACUUUUACGCGCCCUUCGACUUUGAAAGUCCCUGGGCUCUCGGGGAAGAUUCCUGGGAUCUGAUUCAUAUGCAGAUGGGGUGUGGUAGUGUGGCUAGCUGGCCCAGCCUUUACCGUCGCAUCUUCUCCCACCUGCGGCCUGGUGCCUGGUUCGAACAGGUGGAAAUCGACUUUGAGCCGCGUUGCGAUGAUCGAUCGCUGAGUAACCUCGCCCUUCGACAUUGGUACACCGCAUUGAAGCGCGCCACAGAGUCCACAAUGCGUCCUCUGGCUCAUAGCUCACGGGAAACCAUACGAAAUCUGCAAGAAGCGGGGUUUACCGAGAUUGACCACCAGAUGGUCGGGCUGCCACUGAAUCCCUGGCAUAGCGAUGAGCACGAGCGCAAAGUGGCCAGCUGGUAUAAUCUAGCCAUUUCAGAAAGCGUGGAAACACUCAGUCUCGCGCCUUUCAGCCGGGUAUACGGCUGGCCCUUGGACAAAAUCAAGCGUCUUGCAACGGACGUCAAGACAGAGGCAUUCAACAAGGACUUGCACUGUUACAACAUUCUGCAUAUCUAUCAGGCUCGCAAGCCAACGGCUGCCUAG